GCCCCCGCGCCCCGCCUCCGCCCUGCUGCCGCCCACGCCCCUCCACCCCAACCAGGAGGUGGUGCUGGACGAGAUGGCCGAGGGCGAGAUGGUGGAGAACAAGCUCGUCAUCCCGGACGAGAUGCUGCACUACCUCAGCCAGGUGGCGGACCGCAAGGACGACAACGCGGCGCCUCCUCAGCAACACCCGUACGGCGCGCCCCCCAGCCGCCCCGCGCCCAGCCCCGGCACCCAGGGCUACGGCCCCACCCCGGCCCCGGCGCCCGCGCAGCAGCCCUACGGCUGCUACCCCUCGGGGCCCCCGCC